AUGGCCAUCCCACAGGAAUCAGUCGAUGCAGUCCUGGAACACGUCUUCAGACAUUUCCAAUCCCAGCGCAGCCAGCACCCUUCCACAGAUAACAAGCCACAAAAACCCUUCAUCCUCGGCCUCUCGGGCAUGCAAGGCUCGGGCAAAUCAACCUGGGCACAAAGCCUAGCUAACACACUCCGCACAUCCCACGACCUCAAGGUCGUCGUCCUCUCGCUAGAUGAUCUAUAUCACACCCACGAGAACCUCGUCAAGAUCCGCGAAGGCAACGAGGGGAAUGAAUUAUUCAGGAAUCGCGACCAGCCGGGGACGCAUGACGAGUUGCUUGCGGAGAAGUUCUUUGGGGAGGUGCUAGAAGGGAGAGAGUUCAAGGUGCCGAGGUUCGAGAAGAGUUUGUUCAAUGGUGAGGGAGACCGCGCGCCUGAAGCGGAGUGGGAAGUUGUUGUGGGGCAGCCGGCGGUGGAUGUGCUUAUUUUUGAGGGCUGGUGCGUUGGGUUCCAAGCUCUAGAUGACGAUAAACUAGAAGAGAAGUGGAAGGCUGCGAGGCAAGUUAAAAUGAACAAUAUUAGCGAGGAAGAGAAGCGGACGAGGAUGCUCCGCACGCAUGCGCUGGAACACGUGAGGGUUAUCAACGAGAAUCUGCGGCGUUACAAUGAGACGUUCAUGGGUCCGGAGUGUUUUGAUUAUAUGGUGCAUCUGGACACUGAUGCUCUGGGGAAUGUGUACAAGUGGCGUAUACAGCAGGAAGAGGCGCUGAGUUCGGCGAGGGAGACGGGAAUGAGUGAUGAGCAGGUUGUGGAUUUUGUGAAGGUUUACAUGCCGGCUUAUGAAUUGUAUUUAGAUAGGUUGAGGAGAGAAGCAUUUCCACGCCCGGAUUCUCAAAAGGUGAGCAAGACACAGUUGAGAGUGGUGUUAGAUGAACGUAGAAGGGUUGUUGGCGCAGAGGAGAUAUAG